AAUGAUGGGGAAGAUCAUCAAAUGAUGGGAAGUCCAAGAGUUUUGAAAAACAUUUUUGGUUUUUGUUGGAGGUCCGAUUCCUGUACAAGGCCACGUGAAGCGUUCCUAACCAACUCUAUGGGUUUGGCUCGAGUCAAAUUCAAGGGGGCGGCUUCUGCGGCUUCGGGACCACUCGGCCACGGCCACCGGUCAUCAUGGUCUUUUUCGUGUACAUAGGUGGUGGUCCAAGGGCCUUGGCCUUUUCAUUCAUGGUCUUCUUCUUGUCCAUGCUGCUGCAACGCCUGUCUUACGAUAGCAUUGACGAGAGCAUGAGCCCAGACAUGGGCAGCAUGGGCGGCAUGGGUUUCUUCGAGGACGAGAGCAUGAGCAGUUUUUACGCUCGUGAGUCACGUGAGCGUCGGAACUCUGAGCGUCGGCAUCGCCGACGACGGCGAGUUCAGGUGCAAAACAGCUUCUGGAAUACCCUUUUGAGCUACGUUUGUGUGGUGACACUGGUCGUGGUGCUGCUUUUUAUGGCUGUGCUGCUCCUGUUUCGUUGCAGGCCCCAUUUGCGACAGCGGCCGGCCGUGCGACGGGUCGAAAACCUCAUCUUCCGAUGGACCAAUUGGAUGGAGGAGUGGAUGCAGGAGCUAGGGCAGAACCAAAGACAGGGAGGACGCGAACGGGUGAGCACUGAGGAGAUUCGGAAGCUUCAAAGAGAAACCUUUGUGGCCGAGGAGCAACUUCAGAAAUGGAGUGUCUCAAGCCUGAAGGAUGAAUUGAAACGACUGCAGCGGCAGGCCGAGAUGCGAAUGGGCUUUGCUGGUGGCAGUGAGACUCGGGAGAUGCAGCAGCUCAUUAAAUCGGGCCUUGGAGUCGAAAAGGCUGAACUGGUCCAAGCAGUUCUCAAGGCUCGGGGAGGUGACUCUGGGAUCAGUUGUGCAGUGUGCUUGUCCAACUACACCAAUGGUGAGGACUUGCGAGUGCUGCCCUGCGGACACAGAUUCCAUUGUGACUGUGUAGACCGCUGGCUCACACAGCAAAGUAGAACCUGCCCACUCUGCAGCAAACGAGUGUGAAAAAGAAUCGGCAAAUAGCCAAAUUGCGGACGUUGCACCAUGUCUUGACAUCAAACUUGGAAGUGCAGUUCAGU